AACAGAAUGCAAUUUCAGUUAUUUGCAUUAUAAAAGUUUUCAAAAAUCCAUGUAUCUAUUUAAAUUGUUCAUGAUUUUUAAAAUAUCUUAUUAUACAAGUUUUGUCUAAUUUAAACAACAAAUUUUACUUAAUUUCAGUAAGAAAUCUGGACAUGUUGUUCUUAAGAAUUCAAUAACAUUCACUGAUCAACGGACCCUAAAUUAAAUAACAAUAAGUCAUUUUUUAAAAUGCCUGAACGUAAGUUUUUUUUUUUAAUUUAAGAAAUUAAGCUUCUGAUUACAAUUAAGAAAUGUAUUACUAUACUUUACUAAAGGUCUGUGCCUAAAGGCUACAAGAAACAUUUUUAAUCUGAAAAAAAAAACUACUUACAAACCACAUCCAAAAGCAUCCAAUUAUCGAUAAAGGAUCAACGAAGUUGACAAACUUGUAGGCUACGGCUAUUGGUAGUUGACUACCAAUAGCCCCUAGAGAGCUAUUUGUAGUCAACUACCAAUAGCCCCUAGAGAGCUAUUGGUAGUUAACUACCUAUAGCCUCUAGAGAGCUAUUGGUAGUUUUAACUACAAAUAGCUUCUAGAGAGCUAUUGGUAUUCUAUUACCAGUAGUAGUUAGUAGUAGUUUACUAUCAAAAACAAAUAAUUAGUGAUAGAUUGAUGUACUGCAGUAUUGACAAAGAAUUUUUGGCACUAUUGUUUUGAAUGACAUCAUUGAAAUUGCACUUAUUAAGUCUUAUGCUGUGGUUAUUUGGACCCGGGUCUGAGAAGUGAGAGUUUGGGUUUAUCAAAAUUUCAUUUUAAAAUAUUAUAGGAUUUGUAAGACAAAAUUUGGUAUCAAAUGAAAGAUAAUUGAAUGUACAGUAUUUUUGUAAACUUACUUCUGGGGUGUCCGGGUCCAAUAAGACCAAUGCUUUUCGGAUGUCAGUCAUUUGUGGUAGUUUAAUUUACUUAAACUGAAGUUAAACCAUAGUCCAUUCAAUUAUAUUUAAUUUCAUUUCAUACAAAAUUUUGACUCACAACCUAGCAAUAUUAUUUUUUUUGUUAAAUUUUAAUCCAAACCUCUCAGUUCUCAGACCCGGGUAGGAAUAGCCACUUCUUAAGUAGGUCUUUGUUUCCGACGUCUUAGACAGCAGCUGUGUGGUCUGGGUGCACUUCAAAAAAAAAUUAAUUGUGUCUAGUCUCAUAAAUCAUCAUUCACUCCAAAUCGGAUUUCCAAAGCAUACUAGACUACACUUUACUUUUAUGUUUGUUAAUAUUUUAUGUAUCACGGCCUAUGUUUUCAUCGGAUUCUGUUCUGUUAAAUACAUAACUUUGGCGUAGUAAGUUAGUAAAUAGAAAUUGCUAGACGUUUAAAUAUACGUUUGUGUUAUAGAUGAGCAAUUUACCGAAACUAUGUAUAUAAAUAUAUCAAUGUCUUUAUUAUGAGUUAACGAGCGCUCAAUUGUGUAAAUAAUACUCAGUAAGCAUAUCUCCCACCAGAAGAUGGAUAAAAGAAGAGGGGGUGGGGGGUUACCAGGUGACCAUGUUCCUAAAGAUAGCUUGGCCAAAAGCUUGUGUUGUCAUCUAUUUUUAAAAAAACACCGUAGGCUGUACCAUAAAACUAUAUUUCUGAGUUGGAUUUAUUUUCAAAUGAGCACGUUUUACUUUGGCAAAGAAGGAGCUGUGUAAAUUUUUUAAAGACUAUGAUAUCCCCCCACCCCCUUUCCCGGCACAUCUAUCCAGACCCAAUUAUUAGUGGUAGAGGAUAGAACUAGAUAUUGAAGUCCAUGUCAUGAAUCAUUAAAAUGUAUGUUGAGUACAUGGUAAUGGUGAGUUUAGGCUUAUCAAUUAUGUUAUGACAAGUCAACAACUGCAGUUUUUUAGUUACCGUCAAAGUAUUUUUAUUAAUGAACUCAAGAUUUUAUUCCCAUGUCAAUGUCAUUAACUGUAAAUUACUACUGUAAAUUUAGAUUACAUGGGUAUGUAGUCUAGAACACCUUUCUUCCAAGCUCCUGCAGAGCUGAUGUAUUGUAAGAAUCAAAUAACACACAACACUGUAACAAUUCAUAUUCAUGUAUUUAAUCCUUUGUAAUUUGUAUGCAUGUGGGUUGAAAUGCAUAACAAACUCCACCUAAAAGCUCACUCCUGUGCCUACAUCCACAUCAAUGUCACUUUCAACAAAAAUAAAAAACUACAUACUCAACAGAACUCAUCACUGUCGACUCAACACUAGUUCCUUUAACAUAACACAUUUUUCCUCACAUGGUUUUUUUUUAAGACACACCGCCCACUGAAACUAUGGUUUUAAUCAGCAUUCUGUCCCUAUAAUAUUCUUACUUAGUAGGUUCAUUAGAGAAUUAGAAACAUGCAAGUAUGAAACAACUAAAAAAAACAUAAUAAAUUUAAUAACAUUUAUUAACAAAUUAGGCAUAGUUAUUUUAAAAAAUAAUAAUAAACAUGUAGAGUAAGAAAAACCAAAUGUGUUGCUGAUGGACUUCGCAAAGGCAUCUGACAGUGUGAAUCAUACUUUGCUUCAACACGAAGUCCACAUAGAUCAGGGAUCCAAGGCACCACUAAAACAUGGAUUUCUAGCUUCCUCAGCCAAGCAGUAGUGGUGGACGCAGACCUGUUUACUCUCAAACUCAUAAAAUCGUACAAUACCUUAUAUUUAUAGAAAAAAAUAAACAUACAGUAUACAUGCUAACACCUCAAAAUCGUACAUUGUACGCCAGAAUCGUAAGAGUAAACAGGUCUGUGGACGGUACAAGCUCCUUUGUCAAUGUGAAGUCAGGGGUCCCCCAGGUAUCAGUGCUAGGCCCCUGUUUGUUCCUAGCAGACAAUGACCUACCCGAGAAUCUGACAUUCCAGACUGUUCGCACAUGACCCAGCGGUGUAUAGGACACUCGCCAACAGAUCUGACCAGGACCAGCUACAACAGGAUCUCAAUCUGUUAGCUGAGUGGGAGAUGAGCUGGGACAAGGAAUUUCACUCUGCCAAGUGCCAGGCACUAUCAGUCUUUAAAAGUAGUACGCCUCUACACUACCAAUACGAACUGCAAGACCAUAUACUUGAGCCAGUUUCUCCCGUAAAGUACCUGGGUGUUACCAUUCAAAGAGAGGUCCGCUGGGACAAGCAUUUUAACAAUGUAUGUAACCAAAACCAAGCAAACAAGACCCUGGGGCUUAAUCUAAAGAUUGGCAACUCCUGUGUGAAAGAAAGAGCCUAUAAAUUAUAAAGCCUUUGUCCGUCCGGUUUUAGAUUAUGCAUCUUCAGCCUGGGACCCAUUUAUCUAGAAGAGCAUCGACAGGUUGGAGGCGGUCCAGCGACAAGCAGCACGCUUUGUCCUAAACCACUUUAGGAAACUCGUCCAUCUGCCCCAUAGAAAUUCAGGCUCAUACCAGCAAGAAGCCAAUAUAGGAGCUGCUCCUUCCUGCCCAAGACAAUCUAGCUUGCAAAAGGAAUAGUUGAGGCGACAACGCUAGACUCAUUUGGGUCUAUUGCCUCAAGCCUUCAAACCCCCAGUGCAUGAUUCCCUCACAAAGUGACACUGGAAAUCAUUGAAAUGUCCUCAACACCAGGCACAGAAAAAUUGCAAAUCCCCUCUACAUGUAUAGGAGCCAAAAAUGAUCAAUAAAUUAAUCGUGUACUUAAGAUAUAGAAGAAUAAUCUCAAUAUAAUGAAUAUGUUAUAAAUGUUAGCAACAUCCAAAAUUUGAUUAGAAAAAACAAAUCCUUAUGAAUUGAAUUAAUGAAGUACAUAAUGAAACGUAGAAAAAAAAUAUUCAUACUGUUAAUAAAAUAAACAUGAAUAAAAUAAAUGAAAAAUAAUAGACAAAAUAUAUAUCAAUAUAUAUCAACAUACAAUACCAAGCCAAGCAUAAAUAAUGAAUGAACUGAAAUUACAAAAGAAUAAGAAUACACACUACAAUUAUGGAUAUAUAUUAACAGCGCAGUAAAAAAGAAUUAAAUUACCAGCAUGACUGACAAAACCAUGAUUUUAUCCUCAUACUGGAUCUAUACCCAGCACAAUCAUAGUGGAACCAUUCCAGACAAUGAUCACACUGUACCAUCUUUAGCUCACCAUCAUCUAUAGUUUGACAAGAACUGCAAGAAAAUAGAUUAUCUUGACUUUUUAUACUAACUCGAGCCAACAAUUCCCUCCAGGCAUCAUCAAGAAAUUUAUCUUGAAUGGAGCUAAAAUUAUGAUCCACUAAACAUGCACCCAACAGACUAGGCGACUUUAAUUGAUCUAUAGUGUACGGGGGCUCACCACCUGUCACACAUGCAUUUACAUACAAUUCAAACUUAACAUCAUCUGUCAAUUUGUCGAACUUUAAAGGAACUGAAUGCUUUCUUUUUCUCCUAGUGAAAUUCUGUUUAUUAUUUGGCCUGCCCUUAACUCGUACUCUUUUUAAAAUAAUAUUAGAAAAGCUAGCAUUAGCUUCAGGAAGUGAGUGUUCAUUGUCAGAGGAUAUACAAGGUAAGGAUUGAGCAUCAAUUAAACUAACGGCUUUUGCAGAAGAACAAGGAAGUGAAUCAACUACAUUACAAUUGCCGCUUGUUGAAUAACAUGUCAGUGAAUCUACACCAUUAAUAAGAACAGUAGUAGUGGAAGGUAUAUUAUUAACAACUGGACAAAGUAUUGAAUCAGCAUCAGUUGAAGCAGUAUCUGGAGGUUCACUGCUUGUUAAUUCAACAUCAUUAAUGAAAACAGUAUUAGUAGUAGCAAAAGGUAAUGAAUCAACAUUUAAAUCAACACUAGAAACAGUGAUAUCAGUAUUUGUAAAAACAGGCUCAAUAGGAGCACUAGCUGCAACAUCUGCUACCAACAUGUCAUUGCAGGAAUCAAUGCCAUGCCAGAGAUUUAUUAAAUGCCUGACUUGAAGAUAUUUGUCUUUAAAAUCAGUGUCUCCAAGCAAAGGCAAAUAAGAAGAAAUUUCACUAACAAGUUUAGAGGUCAAUACAUAUUUGUCCUCUGGGGCACUAAGAUUUACAUUAGAAAAAAUGUGUUCAUUAAUAGCACCAGUAUUUUGUACAGUUUCAUGCAGGCAGUCGAAAUGAGCCUUAUUUUUGAACCUGUGGUUAAAAGUCACUGGUUCAUAAAUGGAAAGUCCAUUCUGCUUUCUUACAAACAUAACAUGUUUACAGUAUAAAUCAAAACUUUUAAAAAAAUAACAAGUGCAACCACUAUAUGUUGCGACAGAUUGUGUGUUGGUACCACUACAUGAAACAUUAAAAGAAGGCUCACUUGAUAUUUGAGUAUAAUGAAACUGAAAUUUUCCUAAAGAUAAAAAUUGCUGAACUACAUAUUCAGCAGCAAAAUGUGUUAAAUCAUUUUUUAUUUGAUUAAUAACCGGAUUAUUGAGUUGGGCAUUAUAAUGUCUAGCAUUUGAAUUUAAAAUUGAAGAUAAUUUUGAAAGCUUGCUUAUUUGUGAAUCAUGGUAGAUGAGCCGACUGAUGCAUGUGUUUAGGUUUGUCUGAUGAUUUAAAAUCUUUUUAAUUUUAGAAUGAUAGGAUUCCACAUGGUUUGUAGUGGUCAAUCCCAAAGUGAUGGUGUCUAGAUUUAAAUGCCUGGCCCACAUUUCAGGCUUAUUCCACCAAUUCUCCUCAAAAUAGGUUAAAACCUGAACAGGUGCAAUAUUUUUUAUUUCAUCUUUUAAAAUGUUGAACUCGCUUACAGAAUCUGUCUCUUUCAUAGAAAAAAAUAGAUUUGUAAUAGCCUCAAUUAAAUGGGAGGUUAAACCUCUUUUCGUUAAAGCUCUCUGCAGGGCCAAAUUUAUGUGAAAAGCACAGAUUAAAAUAUGUGCUUCAGGGAAAACCUUUUUAAUAGCACCGAUUUCCGAAAAAUCUUUAUCUACAAAAAAACAGGGGCUAGGAAACGUAUAAAUUUCUUUAAAAAAUUCUAAACAUUUAACUAAUAAAUUCUGCUGUUCACAGCGUAUAAAUGCAUGCAUGACAGGGCGACCCCUGCCAUUGCUGUCAACGGCCAUUAUAGUUAAAAGAGGCAAGUUAUAAAUAUUUGUUUUGUAGGUAAUAUCCAUUACCAAAACUUCUGGAUACUUAAUCAAACAUUGCAUCAUCUCACGUGAUGAGUACACUAAAUAUAUAAAAUUACCCUCCCCAUCCCUCCCAAAAUCAACUCUACCUCCUUCAACCAUUAGAUAAUUUAAAAGUUUUUCUGUCUCCUGCUGGUCUGUACUUUUAUUAGGCACACGCACCUUUGCCCUCAGAUUGCUGACAUCUUUGGGAGCAACCACAACAUUCUGUUCUUUUAAUAUAACUUCUCUGAGCUCGGUGUUUGACACUGAUGUAUACUGAAGCAGCGUGUUCAACAUUGGGGUUAGCUGGACCUUUCUCUUCUCAGGCAAUGCAUUAACACUCUAAAUAAAAAAGGAAAUUAAAGCAAUUUGAGUAUGUAAAAUAAGAUAUACAUCUAAAUGUAGCCUAUAACUUAAAAGAAUCCAAUGUGUACUAUACAAGCACAAUAGAAAUACAUUAAAAGCAUGUCUGUGCAAUAACAUCUUACCUCCUGGGACAGCAUGUGGUUAGCAUGAACUAAAUCCGAUUGCACUACUUGCAACUUCCAGUUGUCGUUGACUUUAACCAUUUUAACUCUCAAUUUGGCUGGACAGCCUAGUUUUAAUGACCUAUAAAAUAAAGAAACUGUUUUAAACAACAUUAACUAUGGUCAUUUAAAGUGUAACAUAUAGUUUUAACAAGUUCUUAACUUGUAUAUUAUUUAACAGUAACAUUCUAAAAAAGAACAAACCUUUGGUUAGGUCGCAAGCCCUUCGAUUUUGACGCCCUCUCUGUGCCAUGCUUGCAUUCAUAGAGAAUGAACUGGUAAACAAGAGUCUCAUACUCAGUGGAUCCAUUUGUAGCUGGUAGCUAAAUUUAAUGAAACAAAUGAAUACAUUAUAAUUAUAAUACAUGUAUAUUGUAUGAAAUUAUUGCUAAUGUUAAGGAUGGCUGCCACGGGGUCUUUUGGGUGUUUAUUAUAGUUGCAGUAAAUUAGGGUUUAGCUUAGGUUGAGGGAUCGAUUUAGGGUUCAGGUUAGGCAUAGGGAUCUAUUUAGGGUUCAGGUUAGGCAUAGGGAUCGAUUUAGGGAUUUUUCGUGAAAUUCGAUAAAAUAGUGGCAGUCGUCCUUAACAUUUACCUAUGAAAUUAAUAUUAUACUUAAACUGUAUAAUAAUAUAUCUAUAAAUCUAUUUUUAAAAAUGCGCUUUUUAACAAUAAAUAAAUUGUAAUAGUGGCAGUCGUCCUUAACAUUUACCUAUGAAAUUAAUAUUAUACUUAAACUGUAUAAUAAUAUAUCUAUAAAUCUAUUUUAAAAAAUGCGCUUUUUAACAAAAAAUAAAUUGUAAAAAUCAAUAAAUAAAGAUAGUUAGAUAGGCUUACCUUUUUAGAACUCUUUUUUAUAAAGACAGCAUUUUGAAGCUCUUCUAAGGCUUUGAUGGCUAUUUCCAAAUCUUUGAAUGUAUCAAAAUGGCAAUUUGCAGCUAAAACACUUUCAGGAUUCAUUUCUAGGCAGGUGUUGUCACUAGUACGAACUAGUAAAAAAUGAACGAGCCAUUGCUUCACCCUCGUCAUAGAAAGCGGGUUUUUAAAGUUCCGGUUUUGGUUUGAUUUGAUUGGCUGGACUACCAAUAGCUCUCUAGUAGCUAUUGGUAGUGAACUACCAAUAGACACUUCCAACUUGUAAUUUACUAAAAUGCUAAUAAAAGGCCGUCUAUAAAGUACUUCACACUCAGGAGGGGGUCCAAAUAAUUUUGACUCGGGUGGGGGAGGUAAAAAAUCUUGUGUGACAUCACACAUUUUUUAUCAUAAGUGACAAUCGUCAUAAUUAUGAUCCUGAUCUUGAAAUGACACACUGACUCGGACUGACUGACUGAAGUUUUAAACUUUAUAAUUAUGUAUACUAAUCAAUAGUCAUACUGUAGUGAUGUUCAUACAAUGUAUUCUGACAGAAGAUAUAAUAAAAUAACAUUUCAGUGUCUGCUAUUAAAAAAUUGUGUUUUAUUGAGUGUGAGUGGGUCACUGGUUUACUGGUUUUUCGCUGGUACUGACUGACAGAGAGGGUGGGCGCUGUUUUUACAGUUUACAGGAGUGCAUUGCGAUAUAUAUUCUACCAGGUUAUUUUGGAUGGAUUUGAAGCUUAUGCAAAUAUAAAUCAGACUUAGCACAGUAUCUGCAAACACUCACUUGUAAAUCAUUAUUUAACAAAACUUCCUUUAUUACAAAUGUCGCUGUCACUGGUGUCCACCCAACAAAUGUAUAAAAGAUGUGGAUGGGCACAAAUCGCAAACUGAAAAGACAGUUUAGCACUAGCUGCACUCUUAUGAAUUUUUAUUCCCUUCAUUGUUACCCUAUUUUCCGUGGGAGGGGGGUGGGGGAGACUCAUACUCAGCAUAUAUACUUACAUAUUAAUAUUAUAUUUUUUUCAUAAUUUAAAUUAAGUUUAAAUUUGUUGUCUUGCUUAGUUAUAAUAUUUAUCUAUGUGCUGAAUUGAAUAUGUACAAUAUCAUAAAAAAAUAUUCCCAUUUAUUUGGAGCAAUAAAAGAAUUUUAUUUUAUAACUUGACUUAUCAACAAAGAAUCACCUGUAAAAUAGCUCAUCCAACACGAAAAAACACAAUGUUUAAAAUAUCCGGUGUUGAAGCAAUAGAUUACCAAAAGUGUAUUUUUAAAAAAAACCUUAAUGGUCAAGUGUGUUUUAGAUAAAAAAAAUUUUGUUUUGUUUUUUUUAACAUUUUUUAAAGUGACAUACUUAAGGAGGCGGGGAGUCUGAAAUUCGUGGCAGGUUGAAAACUGAGAUUGUGACAAAAGGGGGUGGGGGAGAGAAUUUCCAAAAAUAGAGUAACCUACUUUUGUCAAAAUUUUUUUAUUUUUUAAUCAUAAUCAGGUCUGAUCAUGUAAUGAGAUAUAAUUAGGCUAUGCUUGAAUAAAACAAUAAUUACCCAAUAAUUGUAUUUGAUUUAAGAUUUGUAAUUUUUACAAUAGAAAAUGUCAUAACAUAAAAUGAUAAGACGAAUUCCAGUGCAGAUGACAGCUAGUCACUGUAUUCAACAAAAAAUUCAAAAUUCAUUUUGAAAAGCAUGUUACAAAUAAUUAUCAGAUGGCAAUGGUGGUAUUUUGCAUCAUACUGAACUUGCAAUGCCGAAAAAACAUGUUGAAUGACAUGUAUGAUAUGCCCAACUUUCUGGCCUAACAUUAUUUUAGGCUAAUUAAAACACGAAAAUGCCAUAUAGUGGAUGACCUUUUUAUUUAGGCCCAAUGUGCAGAUGUAUAAAUAUGUCAUAUCCUAAACAACUUGGGUGCUAAAGAUGAAGGAACCAUUUAAAAUAUACCAAAUAAAACAGAUUAUUAUAUCCUGUGAUUUUAUAAAAAAUGUUUUAUAUUACUAUUUUUUAGGUGACUCUGAAGUGUUUUCCAACCCUUUACCCCCAUCUGGUCACAGAGUGCAUGGUGAUGAUGGGGGUGAUGAUGAGUAUGUCAAACUUUAUCAUUACCUAACAGAACAUUUGGCAAUGUAUCAAGUGUGAAUUUCAUUUUUAAAAAAAAUUAAUUAAGAAAUAAUUAAUUAUAAUAAUUAUUUGUUCAGAUAUGCAAUAUACUAUAUACACAUAUCUUUCAUUUAUAAAAUUCAGUUUUGAAAACUAGUUUGCCUUAUAAUAAUUUAUAAAUAUUGAUUACAUACUAUGUAGGUUAUAAUAAUAAAUGGUAGAAAAUGAUGCUUUGCAUUGAAAAGAUAAGCAAUAUUUGUUCUUUUUAAUCAUAAGGCACCCUCUUACCAAUGAAGACUUCCGUAAGAUGCUUAUGACCCCCAAACCAUCAUCUUCAACAUCUUAUACAGAGACAGUAAGACAUGCAAGAAAAGAGUGAGUGUGGUAUAGCUUUAAAAAAAAUUAAAACUGUUAUCAAUUUGAAAAGACAAUUCUUAGUCAUAAAAAAUUUGCUUCAAACAUUUCAGAAAUUAAAAAUUAUAAUUUUUAAUCAAUCUUAAAUUUUAUUUUGUUUUUAUAAGUAUUAUAAGAGUACUUUUUCAUUACCAAAGCAAUAUAAUAUUGUUAAUCAUCUUAUAUUUUACCUUAUUAUAUAGAGCACCUAUUAAGGAAGAUGAGGUGGAAGAGGAGGAUGCAGCAACAAGGAGGAAAAAAAAGAAAAGGUAAUCAUGGAUAAACUAUUUGAUUAAAAAAGUUGUUAUUUUUGUCAUGGUUGUUAGGCAUUGCUAGCUUUUUCAAAGAAAUAUUUUACCACUCAUUUUUAUUUUUCAGUUAUUAUGCAAAGUUGAAACGAGAUGAAGAGGAGCGACAAAAAGAGUUGGAGUCUAAAUAUAGAGAUAGGGUAAAAAAAAAAAAGAAACAAAUAUAUACACACAUAUAUAUAUAUAUAUAUAUAUAUAUAUAUAUAUAUAUAUAUAUAUAAAUAUAUAUAUAUAUAUAUAUAUAUAUAUAUAUCAUUAUAUAUAACAAACCAAUCUGAAAAUUAAUUGCUGUAAGCCAAUGAUAAGAAGAUGGUUAGGUAUGCAGUUGAUUUUCAUCUUUAAUAUUUGCUUUUAAUUGGUAUGAAAAAAGUUUUGGCAUUUAUUUACAAUUGGUUUUUAAAAGUCGAAAGGAUAUCUUAUGUUUACAAUUUAAUUAUUUUACUGUUGCUUACAAUUUUUAACCAAAUCUAUUAUUUUUAUUUUGAUAUUCAUUUCAAAAUCUAUCUACAAAUGGCAGGCAAGAGAGCGUAGAGAGGGUCACAACAAAGACUAUGUUGAAACGGAAGUAAUCAGUACAACUGCCGAUUACAGGGCUGUAGCACCUGAUGCAAAAGCGUACGAACAUUUAAUAUAAUAUUUUUUAUGCUAACGCAUCGCUAAUCUUUUUUUACUAAAGCUUAUUAAUAGGAAUCACAUUGUUCCACAUGAUAUUUUUGGUACAACCGUUGAAGUAUUUCAAGGAUGUACUAUACAUUACCGUACUAGACUAUAGAAACUACAAAUUUAGUUAUUUUCUUAGAGGGUAAUGUCAAAAGCCAACACAUUUUUGAACAUGUUGAUCACUCUUCAUAAUUAGUUAUUUUGUUUGUAAGAGCGCCCAGUAGACCAUCACACCAUUUAGUGUGAAUAUAUUAUCUAUUCAUAAUUUCUUUACAGCAUUGAGAAUUAUGCGGAAAGAAGAAAGCAAGUAAUUCAAGCCUCAAAAUAUUUGGGUGGUGACAUGGAGCAUACACAUUUAGUCAAAGGUUUAGACUUUGCACUUUUGGAGAAGGUAAUUUAAAAAAUGAUAACUGGGUGUGAUUUUAUUUUCCUGGAAAAGGGUCUAAUAAAUCCAAAUUUAUAUUUGUAAAUCCCAUAAGUGUAUAAUUUUUUUAAAUUAAAAUUAAAAACCACAAUAAUCCACCAUAAUGUUGAAAAACUAUAAAAAUGAUUUUGAACGAGUAUUACUCCUGUGUAAUUGAUGGUUUCCUAUACAGGUCAGAGCAGAAAUUCAGACCAAAGAAAAAGAAGAGGAAGACAUGAUGGAAGCUGUUGUUUCUCAACCUAAGUAAGAUUGUGCAUCUUUUAUUUAACAUAUUUAGAGCAAUUUAAUUCAUAUAUGUUUUAUUGAAAACUGCCACAAUCAUACAUCAUAUGACAUGUUCAUUUAAGAUUUUAUGAAGACUAUAUAUGUUUUUUUUCGUUAGUAAAUAACAGUUCAGUAAAUGUUUCAACUAUAUCUUGAUAAAAGUAUGGUAUCUGAGUUGAAGUUGUAAAAAAAAUUAAAAGUUAUACUUAUAUAGACAAGAUAUAAAACACUUUAAUAUUCAGAGUAAUGAAUUUAAGAUGUAACAUGAACCAAAGAUGAAUACAAUAAAAGAUGUUUUCAAAUUGCUCUGUCUGGGUAAAAUACAUGGAACAAAUGUUAAACUGGUUACUUUAGAUCAUCCUCUACAAAUUGCAACAACAAAAAAUACUUAAUUUUUAUUCAUUUAUGGUGGAGUCUGUCCGUUUGGGGGUUCUAUGAGUUGUAGAUAUUUCCCUCUAUUUGCGGUUCUAUGAGUUGCAGACAUUAUCCUCAAUUUACAGAUUGUUAAGAGUAACUUAAAGCCUGUUCUGCAUAAUAAAAGUCUUAUUAAAAUUUUUCCCUAAAAUUAUGUAAUUCAUAUCCUGAUAAUAUGCAAGAACUGUAAAGCUUAAUGAUCUGAGAUUUCUUGUAGAAAAAUUAUGAAUCAAAUUUAUAAACAAUUCUGAGGAUGAUAAUGAUAAUAAGGUCGCCGACGAAGUCAAUAGAUAUUGGAAAUAGUCUGAUAGCUGAGUCAAAGUGCCAGAGAUACUAAAACAUAUACUAUUUAGAAAAUGUGAUGAUUAAAGGUUCCAUAAAGCGAAGCCACAAGGAUAACCAGAACACAUUAUUAAUAAAGUUUUUUUAAUUUAUUUUUUUAAAUCUCAAUAUGAACCAGAAGACCAGUUUUAAAUUAAAUAAGGGGAAAAGACAUUUUUGUAGAAACCUGUCAGUUUCUUCCUACAUUUCAAUUAUUUACUAUUGAAUUUUUGUUAUAAUCUAAAACAGGUGCACUCAUUUAUUAUCAAUGACAUUACUGUAGUUUGGUAUGCCUAUCUAAGCACUGACAGGUGUUUCAUCAGCUAUUCUAGGUAAAACUCUCAUAAUCAUCUGCAACUUCAAGCUCAUUUUAAUAGGUUUUUUUAAACAUUACAGAGAAGAAGAGAGCCCAGAAGAAAAGAUAACUUUUAAGACCAAAUUAGGUAUGAUUUAUCAUCUUAGGCCAGUGAUUCCCUAACAUAGAAAGUGUGACUAGACAAUUAGAGAAACAACUUUUUUUUGGUGAGCAGGAUUUGUAGCUUAUUAGAAGAAUUAAUUUCAGAAAACCACACUUUAAGAAAAGCUUUAAAAAUUUAUAAUGUUUAAAUGUACAAACUUGUAGAUUAAAGCUGAGUGUGUCACAAAAUUUCUAACAGAUGACACACUCUAGAGGACAACAGCUGAUAUAACAGAUAAACUUGAGACACAUUUUAGGAAAGAACAAUCUUUUCUAUUAUAAAACUCAGGUUGAACAAUUAUGCCUCACAUCAAUUGCAAACUACAUUGCUUGGCCAUAGCAAUAUCUUUCUCAAUGAGAAAUUUAUGUUUUAAUGCUGCAAGAAGCUUGAAAGACAUUCUUGAGAAGCAAUUUGGGCAUUUACAAAAUGAAAUAUUUUAUUUCCUGUGAAUAAUGUUCGGGAAUCACUGUCAUUUUGUUUAUCUCAUAAUUCUAAUUUUUUAUUUAAUUUUUAGUUAAGUACCAUAAAUACUUCUGCAUGUAAUAGCAGUCAAACUUAUGUCUGUUUGUAUGCUUCACUAUAUAGACAAUCUAUCUUUAAUAAUAAUUUUCAAACAAUUCUAAUUUUCACAGGAAGAAACAUAUACAGAGUUCUCUUUAAAAAUAGGCCACCAGCCAGAAAUGAAUUGUUUCUCCCAAGAAGGAUGGCCUAUGUUAUUGACCUGGAGGAUGAUUUUGCUGAAUCUGAUGUGCCUGCUACACUUAUAAGAAGCAAAGCUGAUUGCCCUACUUUGGCUGUAAGUCAUAUUGAAGUUAUGAAAAACAUCGUAAAAAUGUAUGUCUUAUAAAGCUUUAUUUUUUAUAUGGUUUGUUUUAAUUAUUAUCUUUAUUUUGGUUCAUAGGCAACAACAACUCUAACCACUAAUGAUAUUGUGAUCAACAAACUUACCCAGAUUUUGUCUUACCUGCGACAAGGCAAACGUGAAGCCAAAAAACUGAAGAAGAAAGAAAAGGGUCUGUAACUUUAAAGCAUCUGUAAAGAGAGAAAAAUAUAUUAUCUUAAAAAAUCUGUUAAACAAUCAUGUAAAUUUAUCCUAUGCAGUUUUUAUUGUAUUCAUAUUUGUGUUUAUUCUUAAAGGCAAACUCAAAGAAGAAGAAAAGGCAAGGAUUACAGCAAUGGAUGACGGGUAAUUAUUCUGGCCUUAUUAAUGAAAGUUAAAAUGUCUGCUUUACAAAGAAUUUGUAUUUGCCUUUAGUAAACCAAAAUAAAAAUUAAAAUACAAAGGGUUGUACAAAUAUUUGCACAGCUGCUUUUUUAUAUACAUGCAUUAUUAGUGUUUUUGCUUUAUUUCAGCAUUUAUGGAGAACUUGGUGAUUAUGAACCCUCUUUCAAUAAACCAAAAGACAAAAAAGAGAAAGACAAGAAAGAUAGGGACAACAGAGAUAGAGAUGGCAAAACUGAUCGUGAUAGAGACAGGGAUAGAGAAAGAGGCAGAGAACGGGAAAGGGAGAGGUAAAAUCUUUAUUUGAAGCAAAACUUAUAAAAUGUUUUAUUUGACUAAAAUGUGGGAAAUAGGUCAAAUUUUGUUUUAAAAAAUAUUUUUAUCAUGUUGUUUUUUGUUUGUUUUUUUUUUAACUGUUUAAGGAAAAUUAAUUUAAUCUUAUUUGCCAGUUUCUACAAUAUUAAACCUAACUGUACAAUGAAUAAUAAUUUAUUUUUUAAAAAUAUAUUUCUAAACAGUUUUGAAGGGCAGCGUUACUUUCCUGCUCCCUUGAUUAAAAUAAAUAUAGUAGGAUUAUAUGAGAAAGACACUGAUAAAUUCAACCCUUAGCCAAUGGACAAUAAGUUUUUUAUAAACCAAACUUGGUUGCGAAAAAUUUAACAAAAUAUUUCUUUGAAUAAAGCAAACUGAAACUUUGUUUCUCUGGGUUAAAUUGUUGAUGACUAAAGUUUGUAACUGUUUUAAAAUAAAAAAAAUCAAUUAUAUUUUAAGUUACAGAAUAAGAGAAAGAGAGCGUGACAGGGAUAGAGAGCGUGACCGCCGGGAUCGUGAACGUGAUAGAGACGUUGAAAGGGAAAAAGAAAGAGUGGAUAGAUACAGAGAUGGAGAAAAAGACAGAUCACAAAAACGUUCUUACUUUGAAAAGCCUGUAGAAGAAGUAUGUUGUCAAAGAAAUGUUUUAAAUAUGUAUGCCAAGUCAUAGCCAUUGGGGAAACAAUAAAAAUUUUAAGAUUAAAACUCACUAUCUUCUAUUUUUUAAAAUAUGACCAAGUUUAAAGUAUAUUGAUCUCAAAAUUUCAUUGAAUAUCUUAAAUUUUGAUUAAUGUUAACCUUGUUUCUAAAAGAUUAUUUUUUAUUUUUCAGGAUGAAAUCAAAGACAAGGCAAAGCAAUCAGCCAGUGAACUUGUGAAAUCUAUAAAUGAUAAAUUCAAGGUAAAUUCAAUUCAGGACAUUCUGAGUCUUUUAAAUUUAAAAUAACUUUGGACAUGUGUUAUGGUAAUAUAAAAAAGACCUACACAUGUCAUGGGUUAUUUCCACUAGGAGAAUCCGACCACACAAUGGUCCGCCUAAUGCCAUGCUAUAAGCCAGUUUUGAAAACAACAAAAAUUCAAACAAAAACUAUUGGACUGUGGUCAGAUGAGGCGACAGAAAAACUUCAGGGCUGUUUGGAAAGUACAGACUGGGACACGUUUAUAAACACUUGCCAGGACAUUGAGGAGCUAACACUGUCAAUUCCUACAUUAAGUUCUGUGUAGACGAAGUCAUUCCCAAAAAAAACUUCAGAGUAUUCAACAACAACAAACCCUGGAUGAGCAGAGAAAUAAAGGAGGCCAAACGCCACAAGAAGACCUUGUUUAAGAUCAGGAAUUCAUUAACUCAUUCCCUCCGGCAGUGCUACUUCCGUACUUAAUUUAUUUUCCGGAGAAAAGGGAAGCAACUCAGUUUUGAAAUCGAUUUAAAUUUUUUUUUUUUUAAAUUUAAGCUGCUGCUAAAUAAUAAUAAAUUUUAAGAAUUAAGGACAAAUAUAUAAAAAAAUGAAUAAGGUUUAAUAAAAAAAAUAUAACACUAGCGACGAAAAAAUAAUGAACAAUGGCAAAAAAAUUGAUUUUUGGCACCUCGGACCAAUCACGCAGAAAUCACGCCAUAGCCGGAAGUCUCGAGGGACGCGAGAUUUCAUUGCUAUUUUUAACUAAAAAUAAGAGAGGUCUGUCGCUAUGUGCCCGGAUGCAUUUGGGCGCAUCCGUCGAAACCCCCAAAGGACGCAUUUAGUCGCAACCGUCAGGAAUGAGUUAAGGCUAACAAAAAUAUUGAAAAAAAAAAUAUAUCAAGGUAAAAAAUAAUACAAAAAAAAAAUUAUUCCUUACUAACAACCCAAAGGCUUGUUGGGCUGGUCUAAAGCAAAUAACAGGAUGUACUCCUAAGGGAGAAUGCUUAUGUGUUGAGGACGUGAAGAAUUUUGUUAACGAAUUAAAUGACUUUUAUUGUCGUUUUGAUAGCCUUGACUUUUGAAGAGUACACAAUGAGAUGAUGAAUUUAUUUAAAGAUGGCAGUAGUACACAGGAUGGUACUUUAUUGUUCACCGAACAGGAAGUGAGUCGUUAUUUAAACAAGGACGUAUCCAAGGCCUCGGGACCAGACAAAUUAAGUGGUCGGCUCAUUAAACUAUGCUCAGAGCAGCUCUCCUACAUUUUUUGUUACAUAUUUAAUAAAUCUUAUGUAACUCACACAAUACCAACAAUUUGGAAAACUUCAGAAAUCAUACCAAUUCCAAAGAAAAAUAAGGUAAUGUGCAACAACGACUUACGACCUGUUGCACUUACCUCUAUAGUAAUGAAAUAUUUUCAGAAAAUAAUUCAGAAAGAAAUUUUGAAUGAAGUACAAACCUGCCAGAAGUACGGAGGAUGCAAUCUUACUAUUUGUUGGAGAGACUUUACCAUCACCUAGACAGUCCUAAAACAUAUGCCAGAGUGCUUUUCUUAGACUUCUUAUCAGCAUUUAACACUAUCCAACCACACCUUAUGAUUAAGAAACUUUCCUCGUUAGGUGUCAAUUAAAAAUAUUCAGGCUUGGAUACUGAACUUUUUAACAAAUCGACCACUAUAUGUCAAAGUAAAUAACCAAUUAUCUCUAACCAGAGAAAUAAGCUCCGGGGCACCACAAGGCUGCGUUCUCUCCCCUGUUCUGUAUACAAUAUAUACCAAUGAUAUUCAAAGUUCAAGCGACACCGUUCCAAUCUUAAAAUUUGCUGAUGAUAUCACCAUUGUUGGCUUAAUAUCUGAAGGAGAAGGCCUAUACUGCAACUUAUUUACAAGCCUUAUCAAUUGGUGCGAUGAAAAUUUUCUCCAGCUGAAUGUCUCAAAAACAAAGUAAAUGGUUGUUGAUUUCAGGAGGGGGAAGACAAGAUUACAGAUCUCAACAUAAAAAAUCAAAGUGUAGAGAAAGUUGAGGCAUACAAGUACUUAGGUGUCACUGUUAAUAAUAAGCUAACAUGGCAUGAGCUGUAUAAGAAAUGCUGUAUAAGAAAUGCUGUAUAAGAAAUUCAACCAAAGACUGUUCUACCUUAAAAAAGUGUACAAUUUGGGCGUAAACAAGCAAGUCGUUAACUUAUUCUACAGUGCAACAAUUGGAAGCCUACUUAAUUUCAGUAUUACCUGCUGGUGUGGGAAUUCAACGUCUGAUAUUAAACACUGCAUAAACCGACUAAUCAAGAAAGCUAGGAACAUAACACAAACUUAACAUCCUUCACUUGAAGAACUAUUUGAAGAAAGAUGUUUUUGUAAAACUAAACACAUUUUGGAAGAUACAUCCCACCCUCUUCAUCACAGAUACUUAGGAUCGGGCCGAAUUCUUUCCAUCAGGCCGAGGACUGAAAGAUAUAAACAUUAUUUUUUUCCCCAAUCUGUACGAAUUUACCAGCGUGCUCCCUCUGAAGUCACACAUCUUAAUGAGAACUAGUAAGUCCCCGAUUUGGCUAAGAGAACUCACUGAAUGGCUGUUUGAAAUAAUUUAUUAUAAAUUGUUUUAUGUAUGUGCUGAAAAUGUAUAAUGCAAUCAUAAAACAUUUCCAUUUGUUUGGAUCAAUAAAAGAAUCUUAUCUUAUCGGAAUAUAUCCAUAAUUUUUUUUACCCCAAAAGUAACUUAUUCUGUCAACUUCAAUCAAUUAAAAUUUUUUUUUCACAAUUUUUUCAGGGUUACGCAGAACUGGAGGAAGAAAAAGAAAAGUAUGUAACAAUUUUGACAAAAUAAAAUGUAAUUAAUAUCAUUUUAUAAUAGUUGAGAUACUAUAUUAUGUGUGCCUUACAGUAAUUUGUAUCUUUGUAAGUACCAAAUUUAGGAUGUAGUAAUUAUUUAGGAAAUAUUUCUGUCAAUUUCUUCUUUAUUUAUAAAUAUAUCAAGCUGUUAUUAAAGGUAGAAGGUUAUAAUUUAUAUAACUUCUAUCCUAAAAUUGUGAGAUCUGAUGGUUAGAAAAUUUCUUAAAUGUUAAAAUGUUAGUUUUCUUUAUUCAUUAGAGUUUGGGCAUUUAAAUAAAAGCAUUAUGCUUUAUUAAUAGUAUGUAGUAUUCUGUAUAGUCUUUUAGCCGUAAUUGAGGUUGAAACAAUACAUUUGGAAAAUAGCCCCUGAGAUGUACUUUUUAAAUAAUAAAUUUAGAUUUGUGUGAAAUUUAUUUUUUUUACAAUAUUUGUAUUAUAACCCACUUCUUGCACACUGAUGUGAUGACUACUAACAAAAUAGUUAUUCAACUGAUUUAUUAUAUUUCCAGAGUGAAGGUUGAGGCGGAAAAAAACAGACUCAUGAAACUAAAUGCUAAAACAGUUAUAGACAGUUAUGCAGAGUGCUAUCCAGGGUAAGAAAUGUUCCAGUCAUUUGAAAAUAAGCUUAUCAUUUUGAAACGUAACCCCUUGGCAAUUUUGAUUUAAAAAAUAAAUGUACCGGUAAUUGUCUUUAUGCAAAAAAUAAUUUUAACAAUUAAAUUUUAAGAACUAAAAUCAAUUGUGAUUUUUAUCUGUUGGCAUACAUAUUGAAAUUCAUUCCUUGACUUAACAUUACCAGCAUGAUGGAAUCAGCUGAUGCCAUUGAUGACUCGGAUGAGGAGGUUGAUUUCACUAAAAUGGACCAGGGCAACAAGAAAGGCCCAGUUGGGAGAUGGGACUUUGAUACAGCUGAAGAAUAUUCAGAUUACAUGUCCAACCGAGAAGCUUUACCUAAGUAAGUUACUGGCAGUGGAAGCACAUGUGAAAACUGAGAUUUAUUCCACUGAAAUCUUUACACUUCUCAAAAUUCUUACUUUACUGUAUAUAACUGUAGCAAACAUGUAUCCCUUGCAAAGCAUAAACAAAAUAUUUUUUAAAAUGUUCUGGUUAUUUAAUACAAUAUGAUUAGCCCCAAGAUAUUUAAGUAUUCCAAAUUUUAACAUACACAUUUUAAAUUUUUUGUUUAACAGGGCUGCUUUCCAGUAUGGUGUUAAAAUGUCAGAUGGCAGACGCACACGAAGGACAGGCCCAAAGGAUGAAAAGCAAAAACUUGAUAGAGAACUACAACAAAUUCAAAGGAUCAUCGACAAAAGAAAGCCACCUGGUGGUGGCGGGGGCAGCGAACCUAAACAUCCUAAAUAUUAAUAUUUCAUCAAUCGCUGGGUCAUUACUCAUAAUGGUACAUGAAUAGGAGGAUCAUCAUUUUUUUAUGUUAUUGUAACUUGUUUUGCACUUUAUAUUACAUGUGGCACAGUCCGCAAGUUUUUGAAUGUAAAAGUUGAAACAAAACAUUAGUCAUGUGGCUGAUAUUCCAUUCAGCACUUUAAUUUGUAAAAGGAUAAUUAUUCUAUAAAUACUACAUUUUUAUUAUGGCUUGAAAAGAGAAUAGUCACGCUCCUAUUAAUUAAUAAUUAUUUAUAGAGUUAUUAAAGGGGAUAUUUUACCAGCAAAUAUAAAUUUAUUUUUAAAAAGUCCAGAUUUGUAUUAAUACCUCAAUAUAAAUUUCUUAAUAGCUAAUCUAAUUCACUUAAGGAAAAUGACACCCAGAGACUGCCCGUCUCACCUCCUCUCUUUAAAUCGACAUACUCCUGAGCAUCCUCAAAGCGGGAUGUAUGCCAAGGACCUGAAAUCCCACCUCAGCUAUCAUUGGGCAUGUAUCUAACAGUAACAGUCUCCUGGCCAGACACCCACUGGUGCGUAAAGUUGCCAAAGGCUCUGGGUGGUAUUAUCAAAGGCCAUAACUUAGCCUCCCUCCCAAACCAGAUGACAAGCAACCACCAUUUGACCGGGAUAUACGCUGGAACGUGUUAUAGAUUGGAUCACUGGUACUCAAAGUUUGCCUUAGUAUUCGUUGGUACCAAGGUGUCUAUGAGACUUUUAAUAUUUUACUCUAAAUACUAAUCUGUAAUAAAAAGUGGCUGGGCAGCUUCCUGGGAUAACUAUAUCUUUUUAACUUGAAUCCCUUAAAAACGGCAGUAACCGUUGUGCAUGACAUUAUUAUUGGUAUCUUCCAGCCACAGAAACCAUUGCCACAUUUCAUGUUUGAAAAUGUAUCCAGGCUUGGUUAGACAGAAGCAACACUCAAGAGACACUGGCAGCUGUGCCAGCAACCAAAAGUUUUGCUUUAUAUAAUUUUCUUGGCAUUUUAUUCACAUCAAUCACUGUACUGUUUGAGUUGUGGAAAUAAAAAGGAAGGAACAUAUUGCUUUUUAAAAAAGAAUAGGAAAACAGUGAAAAGAUGAUUUUUCAAAUAAAUUUUUGUAUUUUGAUUGUUGUUACACGCAGGGAAGAAAUUCAUUUAAGUCUGUGCUCCCCAUUUGUAUUAAAUUUUCUUUCAAAUAAACAAUGUGUUAUGUUUUAAUAUUAAUAUAAUGCUAAACUCUCUUGUGGGCUGUUGAUGUCUGUGUUAUUUUUUUGACUGUUGUGUUGUCUAAAUAAGAAUUUAAGAUAUGGUGAUGGAUUAUUAUCACAAUAUCUGCAUGAGGAUGGCAAAUCAGUCUUAUGACACCAAUUUAAUAAAACCAUUUAUGCAAUGUAUUUAAAUAUGUAUUUCUGGUGGUCAUUGUAUUUAAAGAAAGUUUUUGUUUUCAUAAUCAUAACCUUAAUAAUUUUCUGCACAUGUUUAUGGAUUCCGGGCUCCAGCUAUGGCUUUGGCAUCAUCUUAAGCCUUGAGAACUGCUUCUCAAUAUAAACAUUUUCUAAUCCACAAUAUUAAGGAUAUCGGAGCUAAUCCAGUGGCACCAAUCGAACUACACCGAAUGACAUCACAAAGGGCUACACCCAUUACAGGGAGGUUACUCCAUUACAAGCAGGG